GCUGCUAUAAAGAGGAUUAGUUAAAUCAGAGCCGUUGGCUUGUUCAAGUCAAGAUGAGAAUAAUACAAGUGUUCGGAUUUUUCCUAAUUCUCUGGCAUGGUCAAUUUGCUUCUAUUAUCAAUGAUGCACCACAUUCAGACACAGUUGUAACACGGGGGUGCAAAGAUUUGGAAAGUACGACACCGCUGUUGCGUCUUAAAAAGUAUCUUUUUUGCGAUUAUGAUUUCACUGUCCGUCCGAACCAUCAUAAAACAGUUAUCAACGUGACUCUCAAACUGAUGCCGAAAAUGAUGGAAUUCGCCGGGGAGGGUAUACUGACGCUUCAUAGUUGGAUGUCAUUGUCUUGGACGGACACGUAUCUUACCUGGACAUCGAGUGAUUAUAAUGGAAUUACUUAUAUUCACGUGAAAUCCUACGAUAUUUGGUUACCCGAUUUGCAUAUUUACAACUCUGGCGAUAUGUCGAACGAUGAAUCGACUUUUGACACAGAAUGUUUGCUUUUUAAUACGGGCUCUGUCAUUUGCGUGCCAUCUGUAAAAUAUAUUUCAAAAUGCGAUCCUGAUUUUACUUAUUGGCCUCACGACCAGCAUACAUGUAAUAUCACACUCGGCUCAUGGUCGCAUACAGGAGAGGAAAUCGAUGUCCAUCUAGAUGGAACCGGAGUAAACAUGAAUGGCUACGAGAAUAGCACAGAGUGGGACUUGAAAUUGUUAAACGCAGAGAAAAUAGUGAAAAAAUAUAAAUGUUGUCCAAACGAUACUUUUCCAAAAAUUGAUUACACAUUUUUAUUGACACGGCAUAACGACAUAAAUCAUAGAUCUUACGUCACACCAGCCAUCUCUUUGAUAUUCCUCACUCUGACGGUGCUCUGGUUGGAUUCAAGAUCGGUUGAACGAGUAGCAAUCGCGAGCGUAAAUUUUAUUUGCCACUUACUCUGCAUGUUCGAUUUACAUUGGUUAGUGCCGUACAAUGGCGUUAAUCCUCCUAAUAUAAUGCUGUUCUACCGCGAUUCCUUGGCAUUGGCUACAUUCGCGUUAAUUCUGACAGCCUUGUUACGUAAACUGCAAAACAUGAGUAUGGAGAUGCCAAGUUGGAUGUUUUCUACGACGACGUUCAUCUUGAGCAACAGGGCUGGUCGAUUUUUGGUCUUGAACGAUGAGGAAUCUAAGAUAGCAGGUGGAGGUAUAGUGGCUGAAGACAGCUCGGAUCUUCCAAAGUCCGGAAUGAGGAUGAAAGAAUCGUCCUGGAGACAUUUCGCCGCUAUCGUUGAGUGGUUGUCAUUCUUCUGUGUGAUCCUCAUCUAUGUUAUCAUCUUAAUCACUCUUGUACCUUCGGGAGCAAAUUAAUCAAUGGUGCAAUCCAAAUGUUCUCCAUAACGUUUAAAAUUCUUUUAAACAAUAUGUUCUGUUUGCCAUUUUGUGGAAGAUCAAAAUAAAUAGUUUGCAUUUUUAAAUAAAA